UUCAGUUUUUGGCGCGUUGGGUUUUUAUCUCUCCUAAUAUUUUCUCUCUCCUCAGAUACUGUCUUGUUUCAUAACCUCCUCUUCAUAUACUUGGUGCACUCUAACUUCUGCAUUUUUUCUCUCUUUGCCCUAAGUUCUUCAUUUUCUCUCUCUUCAAGUUUAGUUUUGUGUAAUCUUUCUCUGCCAUAAUUUCUUCAUUUUGAGUUCUGGUUAGUCUUGAAUUUAGCAAUGGGAAAGAAAAUUAUUGGUAAUCGAAAUGUUCCAAAACGCAGAGGUUUGCGUUCAUCGCUUGGUCUUGGUGAUCGUGCAAAAGUUCCGGAGGUUACUGGAACUUCUCAUACUGAUGAGCACAUUGGACAGCAGGAUGGAAGAAGUGUUCCUGGUGUUACUGAAGGAACUAUGGUUGUAAUAAAAGAAGUACCAAAAGACAACAAGAGGGUAAGAGAUUCAAGUCUGAAUCAAACCUUGCAAUCUCUGAAGAAGAAGAAAAUAUCUACUGUUGCUCAACAAAAUACAGUAAACCCGUUUAGAACUAAUUGCUGUGGUAAAAGGCUUUGUGAGUUGAAUGAAGCUUUUAAUUCUGAGCAGAAAAAAGCUAUUACUGAAAUAGGUUUUGGUUCUUUGUUGCAUUUGAAGAUUACAAGGACUAACAAUGCUUUGAGUGCAUGGUUGGUGGAUAUGUUCGAUGGUGGUUCUGGAAUGUUUAAGGUGGGUUAUGGGAAGGAGUUCAGAGUGAACCAAUAUGAUGUUUAUGAUGUCUUUCAGUUCCCAUUGGUUGAAGGGCAGGAUGUGGUGGAUGUCUCUAGGGGACCUAAUGCGGAUAAUCCAUAUUUUGAUUUAAAAGCAAGUUGGAGGGAGUAUUUUAAAGUUAAUCGGGAGAAAGGUCAGAUUGGUUUGAGUGCUGUAUAUUAUGAGCUAAAAAAGUUAGUGAAUGGUGGGGAGGUGUUUAAAAAGCUUUAUGUUUUAUUUGCCUUUUCUUCUUUUUUAGCUCCAGUUGCAAAUAACACGCUUGAUUUGAGACUCGUUCUAGCUGUACAUGAGGUUCGGAAAAUUCCUCAUUACAAUUGGUGUAAAUAUAUUUUGGGUAGAUCAAUGUAUGCAAAUGUUCUGUUCAAGAACUCGAUGUGUCUAAAGGUGGUCGGGCGCAUUAUAGUGGUUGAAUAAUAUUUUUGCAGUUGAUUUACUUCCAUCACCUACAAAUUGGUGAUGGGGUGCCUCCAACUCAACUGCCUCUGUUGGCUCUUUGGGAUAAUGAGUCAAUUUCGAAGAGAGUUCGUCGUGAAAUACUGUGUGAUAAGUUUGGGAGUGGUUUGCUCAAUGAAACUUAUCCAAUCAGUGUCAAGUUUUACUUCACUGAAGAUGGGCAAUUUGAUUUCAACCGGAUGAAGCCGGUUCAAAAGCAAAUUGAAGUUCAGUAUGUACCACGUCGUGUAUUGAGUGAUGAUACAGGAAGUGGUGGAAGUAGUGGUGGUGAUGCAACAAACAAGGCUGCGCCCAAGAGGAAGGUGAAGGGCAAGCUUUAUAUUCAGUUUGAGCUUCCGCCAGGAAGUCAGACUGAUGAAGAAAUAAAUGCUCAAGCUAGAGAUGAGCUUCAUGCUAUGUGGUUGCUGUGGAAGAGGGAUUUGGAUGCUGUCUCUCAUUGCCAUAUAGAUUUGUUGAAGAGUUGGAAGGCAUCUCAUGUGGUUGGCGAUCAUCCUUCUGAAAAUCCUUCUUAAGAUGAACUUGACAAAAUUUUGUCAAGUUCAAUUUAUCAGAAGUACUUUGAUGAGAUGGUAUCAAUUGCAGAAGCUGUGAAGGAUUUGCCAACUACUGGUUGGGAAGAAGUGUCUAAUCCUUCUACUACUGCAUUCCCUAGCUUUAUAGUCACUCAGGUGACUCAGAGAACUAAUGAUGUGAUCAACAAUGUUGUCAAUAGCGUUUUUAAUGAGGCAGUUGAAAAUAUAAUUAUUGAGGAAAAUGCAUGGACUGCUUUCCAGAAUGUUUUGUCUAGGGGCCCAGCCAAGUCAACUCUAAGGCUGGAUGAAUAUGCAGUUGGUGGUCCAUUCACUCAUCUUUAAGAUGAUGAAAGAUUUUGAACAUGUGAUGCAAGAUCUUCCAAUAUUUUUAAGGGAGGCUGUUGAUUAUUGUUCUGAAAAUCAACAUCCUUUAGAUGGGAGGUAAAUUAUUGACUGAAAUUUGUUUAAUGUAUUGUUUCUAUUGAAAAUAUUAUUACAAUUUGUGUUGCUUGUUGCGUGAAGAGAUCUUUCAGCUGGAUGAACACUUCUUCUCUAUACCUCGGAGUGAGAUUUGGACAUUGGUACUGAGACUGAGAUGUUUGAAUCAGUUUUAGAUAAUUGGUCAAGAAUGUUGAAUAUGAAUGAACCUGUCCUCGAAAAAAGUUUUACUUUACUUCUUCUCAGAGUGCUGCAUUAUUCAAUGUGUUUGAAGAUGAAAAUGAUGCUAAACGCAUUGAUGAUUUGAUCACAUGCUGGAAGUUUCAAAUUGAAGAUUUGAAUAAGAUUUUAAAAUUGGAUGCUACUGUUGAAUUGGUUUCUUUCCCUGUUUUGGUGAAAGGAGGUAAUCAUUUUGUCCUGUUUGUGCCGGACACAAAGAAAAGGAAUGUUUUCUAUAUUGAUAAUAAGAUUUGGGAUGAUGAAUAUAAGAAAAUGAUGGAGACUCUCAGUUCAAUCAUUGCUGAUGGAGUUUCAAGUCUUUUCCAAUGUUAUGAAAUCCCACAAUCUCAAGGUGAUGAUAUGGGUUUAUGGAGAAUGACAGAAUGAAAGGAAGCUGGAAAAAAGGUGCAUAUGAUUUGGAGUGUGGUGUGUACAUACUUGUCCUUAUGCUACUUUUUGAAGGCUCUGAAGAGUUUGAAUGCCCAUAUUUGAAUGAUGAGAAGAUUAGGAAAGCAGCAAGAGUCUCUUUGUGUGGUUGCAUGAUUUUUUCUGAUCUGAAUAAGAAGAGAAGUCAGCUUGUGGAAAACGUGAUAUCAUUCAGAUCAAAGAGAUCAGAGACUGUUGCUUUAAUUGAAAAUAGAAGGAAGAAAGCUGAAGAGAGUGAGAGGAUAGAACAGGAGAUGAGAAAUGCAAUGCAUCUAGUGGAAAAAAAAAUGCUUUUGCUAUAUCAAAUGCUCCGGUUGACUAAUCAACCCAAACAUUUGUGAAAAUUUCAAUAUAAAAAAUUCACAAAUGCUCGAGUUGAUUAGUCAACCCAAGCAUUUGAUGUCAAAUGCUCCGGGUUGGUUAGAACCAACCCGAGCACUUAGACCCUCUCUCAAUUCAUGAAGCACUAUACCUAUUUCUCGGAUAUUUUUAUUUCGACCCUCAUCUUCUUUCCUUCCCUCGAUUGUUUUCCCUCCCUCCCAACUCCCAAGCCCCUCGCUCAAGUGAAACCUCGCAUUGUACUCCACCACCAUCACCACCACCACCACCACCGUGCCUCCCUUCGUCGUCGUUUGCUCACCCCACCAUCCCUCCUCCUUCGUCCUUUGUCGUUCUCUCUCUCUUUCCCUCUCCAUCGAACUGCUUCUCUCUCUCUUCCCCUCUUCACUCUUGGUCCACUCCUUGGAAUGCAUGUCCAGCGAGCCACUUUUGUUUCUGCUGUUCCGGAGCAUGCCAAAACACGGAUGUAGUUUCUCAGACCUUCGAACGUUUCAAAGAAUCGUCUCUCCGCAAUGAGUUUGAUACCUGCAAUAGUCUUCUUUCUCAGCGUAAGAAGAUCCGCAAUGACGGAGAUUGAAGACAUAGACAGAAGCAAAGGGUUGCUAUAGCACAUGCUUUAGUGAAGAACCCAUCAAUAUUGCUACUUGAUGAAGCAACCAGUGCACUUGAUGCAGAGUCUGAAAAGAGUGCAGCAGGCACUUGAUCGGGUCAUGGUAGGCCGAACAACCGUGGUGUGGCUCACAGGCUUUCCACAAUAAGGAAUGCAGACAUCAUAGCAGUUGUUCAACGUGGGAAAAUUGUGGAAACUGGAAGCCACGAUGAGCUAAUUUCUAGAUUCUGGUGGUGAAUGACUGAAUGCGGUGUCCCUGCUGAAACAACAUUUUACGUUCCUGUUAGAUGAUAUGUACAACCCGUAGUAGGCUAACAUCUAGGGAGUCCUUUCUCAUUAUUAAUUUUAGGUACUUAUUUUGGCUUUCAAGUGUGACUUAGAGACUGGUAUAUAAAGAACAAAUUUAUUUCCCCGAAUAUGAGUUGUCACUGAUGUUUUCAUGGUAUGUACAAAUAUAGGAAUCUUUAAGAAGUUUAUGGCCCUGUUGGGCGAGCUUGCUGCACUAAUGCUAAGCUUCUUGUCCCUUUUUCAUGGUUGUUGAUGACAUAUUAACACAGGCACUGCAAAGCUUAGGAGUGGAUCUGCCAUGAUCAGAUAACUGAGAAAAUGUAUACAACUAAUACAAGUGGUAUACAAAAUCCGGCUCCCUGAGUUCAUAUGAUUAUAUACACGUGUUAAUACACCUAUAUAUAUAUCUACCCGACUAAUCUAUGGAGCUCAUGGUUUGUGGAAAGGUGCUUAAUUGCCGAAGUCCAUGCUUAGGCCUGUGCUUGUGCUGAACUAUAUACAGGUGGGGAUAGAGGAGAGCCAAGAACUAGUAAUGCAGCAAGAAGUGGAGCUCCAAAGAAAGCUUUACCAAUAGAAUUGCCGACUUUGUCAUUGGAUGAACUCAACAAAUGUACCAACAAUUUCAGUCAGAAAACAUUGGUUGGAGAAGGUUCUUAUGGCCGAGUAUUCCAUGGCAAGUUAAACAAUGGCCAAGAGGCUGCAAUUAAGAAAUUGGAAACGAGUUCUGCGCAGGAUUCAGAUUCUGAUUUUGAAGCUCAGUUGUCAAUAGUUUCAAGACUAAAGCAUGAGCAUUUUACAGAGCUUGUGGGUUAUUGUUUGGAUCAAAGUAACAGAAUAUUGGUUUAUCAGUACGCAACAGUGGGUUCUUUACAUGAUGUAUUGCACGGUUUAGAUAUAUGGCUAUGGCAGAUGACCGACAAAGAAAAUUGCCUCUUCUAGAUGAUCGCUCACCUGAGAGAAGCCAGACCCUAACUUACCCUGAGGCUGUUUUACUCACCAACCCAAUUGAGCCAGAAUUUAGAGGAGAGAUUGCUGCAGCUUUAACUCUGGUGAACCUGUUACGCAAGUGAAUGACAGAAAAUGAUUGGAACGAUGACAGACCUAAGCUAGCUAUACUUAAUUGUUUUGUUAAUGUAAACAUUUAAACCAAUGACACAUAUAUUUUAUUGUAUUUAUUAAGUUCUGGAAUGCUUCUCAUGUUUCUUUAUCCCAUGUGCUCAAUGGAGCAUAGGGAAAAAGAGGGGAAGAAUUUGACACAUGCGUAAAAGUUGUUGGAGCUAUGCUUUAUUGUUUUGAUGAUGUAAACCAAUAAAUUAUAGAUUUUGUUAUAGUUGAUACAUUUCUUGGCUCCUCAUGUAUUGGAAUUUUUGUU